AUGGACAUCGACCCCAAGCCCGUUCCCGAGUUCCUCACGCAGCAGCGGGACGAGGUAGCCCCGCCCAGCCUGCAACCGCUCUUCAUCGACUUUGAGGACUACUGGGAGCGCAAGCUGUGGCACCAGCUCACGGGCGUGCUGCUCCAGUUCUUUGAGCACCCCGACAGCGCGCCCCAGCGCAUCCCGCUCUACAAGAACUUUGUGCUGUCCUUCUCGGACAAGAUCAACCAGCUCAAGCUCGUCACGCUGGGCCUGUCGGCGUCGAGACAGUGCAAAGAUAACCAGGAGGCACUAGAGUUCCUGACGGCACUGGCGGAAAAGGUGAAUCGGGACGACUCGAAGGAUGCAUAUGUCUAUGCCACGGUCGAGGUAGCUCGGGUGAAGCUGCUCCUGAGAGAUCUGGAGGGUGCACGGAAAGCCCUGGAUGAUGCCGAGAAGCAUCUCGAGACCUUUGACUCUGUCGAGUCCGUCGUCCAUGCUUCAUUCUACCGCGUGAACGCCGAUUACUAUAACGCAAAACUCGAAUUCGCCUCCUACUACAAAAACGCCCUCCUCUACCUCGCCUGCGUCAACACCAUCUACAACUUCGGCGAGCUGCUCCUCCACCCCAUCCUCGACUCGCUCAAAAACACCGAGCACGCCUGGCUGCGCGAGCUGCUCUUCGCCUUCAACGCCGGCAACCUCGCCGGCUUCCACGGCCUCUCCGGCCACCUCUCCAAGCAGCCCCUGCUCGAGCAGCAGUCCAAAUUCCUCCGCGAGAAGAUCUGCCUGUCUGCUCUGACGGAGGCCGUGUUCCGCCGCCCGCCGCACGACCGCGCAAUGUCGUUUGCGACCAUCCUGGAGGAGACGCGCGUCUACCCCGAGGAGGUCGAGCAUCUGCUCAUGAAGGCGCUGAGCUUGGGCCUCGUGCGCGGCAGCAUUGACCAGGUGGCCGAGGUGGCCAGGAUCUCGUGGGUGCAGCCGAAGGUGCUCGAUAAGGACCAGAUUGUGAGUAUGAAGCAGAGGCUGCUAGACUGGGAUGAGAGCGUGAAUAAGAUGGGUGCGUGGAUGGAGACUACGUUGGCGCCGCCGGCGGAGGCUUAG